AUGGCUAGCAAUGAUAAUUCCAAAAUUAGUUAGAGUGCUCUUGCUGCUUUACAACGAUAUUGCCAAUAAAAUAAUUAUAUACGCUGUGAAAAAUUGAGCUAGAGUGGUUAUGCAUGGAACUAAAGAAUUUUGUUCGUGAAUAGCUAAUAUAUAGCUUAUUAUAAUGUUACUAAAAGCUUCGAUGAAAAUAAGUUUAAAUAAAAAGUAUUGUUAAGUAAUUUAACUCAGCUAAGUCAUCCCACAAGUGAAAUAUCUCUUUAAAGAGCAAAAAAUUGUAUUACAAUAGUUUUUUAAACUAAAUACUGCCAAAACUAUAAGAGUAAAAGAAAUUCAAAUGAAUCAGAAAAUGAUUAAGAUAUUGGGCAUACACUUUGGAUAUUUAAAUUUGAUCCUAAGAAAUAUGAUAUAUUUACAGAGUAAAUCCCUAAUUAAUUCUAAAAUUCCGAGCAGAACGAGGGUUAAUAAUAAUAUUAAUAAUAAUAAAAAUUGAAUGCAAAUUAAGAUAGUAGCUUAAUCAUGUAGAAUAAUUAAAAUAUCUAGUAGCAGUAUUAAAUGUAAUAAUCAAGGUAUGGAUAACAAUAAAAUGCAAGCGUUGUAGCUAGCAGAUAUAAAUAGAGUCCUCAAAGAUAGCAAGCAAAUUUAUAAAAUGAUAAGGAAAGUAAAAAGAAAAGAAUGAGAAUCAAAUGGGAUUACCGAUAUAACAAUUUAUGGGAAGAAUACUACUCUGUUUUUAUGGAAAAUAAGAAUAAAUCGAAUUAUAAUUUUGAUUUAGAUUUUGAAAAUAAAUUUGGUUUAAAGCUAUUUGCUUUUAUAGGGGAGUUCAGAAAGCAAGCAGUUGAAAAUGUUAGGAAUAUAAUUCAUGAGCUCAUAUUUCCUGUUAAACUUAGAAGAUACUUAGAAGUUAAAAACAAUCAUCCUAUGUACUAAUUUAAGAAUAGAAACGAAAGAGCAUACUUAGUAGAUGGAAUUUUCAUAAGAGUGGCUUAAAUAGAGAUAUUUUCCAAGGAGUCCCUAUAAUUAAAAAAGAGAAGUGAUUCAUCUUAAAAAAAUUAAAUGAAAGAUAUCAUCUCAGAUACCCAAGAAAACAAAUAAGUAAGCAGUUAAUAGACUGAAAUAUACCGUAAUUUAGAAACGAAGAUGAUUGCUCACGAAUUCCGAUCAAAUGACAUAAUUGCAGAUGCAAUUCAUUAAUUUAUUAUGAGUUCUAUUGAAUCAUUUGAGAAGACUAAGGAUAACUAAGAAAUCAAGGAAAAGGACCUCUUUUCUUUAAGGAUCCCAUUAACAUGCUAAAUUGACUAUUUAGGUUUUACAUGCUUGUGCUCAACAGUUGCACCUUUACUUCUUCCUCUAAAGAAGAAGCAGAUAAGAUAACAAAAUGAAGAUGAUUUAGAAAACUUGAUAAGGUCUGAAAAAAACGCUAAUAAUCUUAGCUUAAUUCAUGGGUUAACGAGAAAUGGUGUUUAUUUAGAAUAUGAAAGCUAAAAACUAAUUGAUGAUUUAGAGCUACUAGGAGAUUGCUUAAAGCUUAAACCUUUUUAAAUUAAUGGUAUUCGAGAUAAGAUUUCCAAAUAAAUUAAUGUUUAUAUUUCUUUGCUUACAGAAGUUCAUUGCCUAAAAAAUAAAGAUUUGAUCUAGAGUGAUAUUAAAAACGAAGUAGAAGGAGAAACUAGGGAUAAGAAACUUAAGAGAUUAAAAAUUCUUCAUAGCAAAUAGAAAAAAAGCGAUAAAAGUGAUAUUUAAGAGCAUAAUAAAUUUUAUUUAAUGAAAACUGCUACAACGUUCCCUUUAUAAGUUGACGUUGACGGAGAUAAGUAAAAAAUGGAUCUUUUUAAAAACAGACUAAGACCUGAAUUUUUAUCAAUGAUUCAAUGCUCUUUAUCUAAUGGAGCGUUUUUAAAUUCAAAUAACUCAGUAAACACUGAUUAAGAUGACUUGCUUCUUGCUUCAGCUUGUCUCAAAUUAAUGAGUGAUGGCAUUAAAAAUUUGGUAGAGGAUCUUCAAAACAUGGUUAUCUAGCCAAUAGGAACUGAAUAACUUUCUUACUAUUUUCAUUUUUAUGGAGUUAACAUGAGACACCUUGGAAAGGUAGCUAGCAGAAGCAAUCUACCUCAUAUUAAAGAAAUUUGCAUAACAGACAUGAUUGCAAGAAGCUCAAAAAAAAUUUUGAGGGCAAAUCUUGCUAAACUUAUUGUUAAUCACUAUUCACAAUCCUAAGGAUAUUCUACAUACGAAAUAUCCUAAAAAAUAGAAAAUUUAUUGAAAAGAGAUGAUACAGUAAAGGAAUAUAGUGAAUACGAUUAUGAAAGAGAAUUUAUCACAGUUUAAGAUAAUAUUGAUUAUAACAAGGGUAAAACUAGUAGCAUUGAUAAGAGAAUAUCCGAUGGUGAUAAAAAACCAGCUGGUAAAAAUGGUAUAGUUCAAAGAGAAAACUCAGAGGAUGAACACAUAAAUCUAUCAGAUUAGAAAAAGUAAGAUGAUGAUCAAAUAUAUGAAGAGGAACAUGAAUUUUAAUAGCGAUUUGAUGAAAAUAUUUAAUCUAUUAAGAAUGAGAUGGCUUAUAAAUUUCAAGAAGUUCUAAAAGAAGCACACCUUGAAUGUUUAAAUCUAAUGUUUACGAAAGAUUAGCAGUCAAUUGAUUUUUGGAAUGAGAUUCUGAUACCUCAAAUUUAGUAAGAUUUUGAUUAUACAAUCACAUAUGAAUAAGCAUCUAGCCUAUCACAUGGAUAUCUUUUGCAUGCUAUUUCCUACCAUUGGAGAUUAUCAUUUAACAAAAAAUAUGAAAUUAAAAUCUUUGAUAAAAUACAACCUUCUGAUCAUAACAAUUUUAUUGAUAUUCAUGUUCAUAGUAAGGUCUACCAAUUUAGAACUUUAAAAAUUAAUUAAAUUACUAAAGACUACAACAAAUGCAUAAACUUAGGUUAAUAUGAUGAAGCAAUUACAUAUAUGAAAAUCAAAAAGAAAAAUUAUUAGUUAACGUACGAUAAAAUCUUGACUGCACCUGCACCACAUUUAGAAAAUGAUUUGACUGUUGAAAUAGUCGAUGCUAACUUGAUGAAAUUAGAUGCAAAAAAUAAAGAAUUAUAAAAUUAAAAAACGAAAAAAGGAAAUAGAUAUAGAAGCUACUCAAAAAGAUAAUCACCUCCAAGUUCUCCAAGUAUUCAAUCUUAAGGAACCAAUCCCUUUUAGCGAGAAAUGGAUGAGGAAAAGCUGUUGUAAGAAAUGAUAAAAGAUAUAAAAAAUGUUUUGGCUACUUUGCCCUUAAAGCAUGCAUAUAGCAUAAAACCUAUGAGGACUUUGAUAAAAAUUUAUACAUAUAUUAAUAGCAAUACAAAAAAUACUAAUUUAAAAGAAUAGAAUAUAAAAGAUUGUAUGGAUCUAUAAAAUUAUAUGUUAGAGUAUAUUAAAUAUCAUUUAGGUGAUCACCACCCACUUAAUGCAGACUUAUGUGCUAUCUAGUCAGAUUAUAACUUUUUAGUUCAAGAAAAUGAAAAAGCUCUUCAAAGUCUUAGUGAUGCUAUCAAAAUAUGUAAAACCAUAUUAGGAGGAAACCAUGUUAAAAUGUCUGAUCUUUACUAAAAAUAAGCUAUCAUUUUUCUUAACUAAAAAUAAAAUCAAAAGGCACUUUAAUUUUUUUAGUUGUCUAAAUCAAUUAUCGAAAAUAAAUUUGGUCCUGAGUCAAUAAACUACGGAAAAAUAUGUUAUGAGAUUAGUAAAAUUUACUUUAGCACAUCUGAUCUCUAAUAAGGAAUUUAACUCUGUAAGCAAGCAUAUUAAAUUUUUUACUAACAUGGAGAAGAUUAUAUUAUGUAAUCUUUAAAUUGUUGCAGAUAAUGUUGUGAAGCUGCUCUCAAUUUAAGAUAGCCUAAAGAAGUUAUUGAAUAUGCAGAGAAAACAUGGGAUAUUUUAAAAUAAUUUGAUAAAAAACUAAAGAAAUCUUAAAGGAUUUCUUACUUAGAAUUCAUCUUUGAAGCUCUCCUUAGGAUUGUUAUUUAUUCUUUAAGGCCCGAAGAAAGAAAUUAUUUAUUUUGCAUUCUUUUAUAUUGUUCUACUGAAAAGAAUCCUUUUAGGCAUAUUGUUAAUGUGUAAGAAAAUAAAUCUAAAAAUGAAAAUUCCGUUCAGAAUUCAAGUGUAGAAAGAUAACCCUCUAACAUAGAUUCAUCAAUAUCUUAAAUAGGGUCACCAGAUUCAAGGAUGAGAGGCAAAACUAGCUUUGAUCUAAACUUAGAGGAAUACGAGUAAAAUUAUGAAGAUAACACUCUCAAUAUAUUUGAAGACUAUAGAUAAAGAGUAAAAAAGCUAAAGAUUUAAGAUUUAAACUAGGAUUAGCUAGAGAGAGCAAGUUUGUACCCAGACUAUAGAAUUUUCAAUCCUUAAUAAAUUUUUGAAUAAUUUGAUUAAUAAAAUUAAGUAGAUGUUGAGAAUAAAAAGAAAGAUUUAUUUGAAUAAUUAACAAAAGAUAUCUCAGUUAGUGCUCUUGAUAUUAUAAAAAACAUGUUUAUUGAUAUACUUUCAAAAAAAUAUAUUAUCCCUCUGAAAGAUUUUUUCAUCAAUUUCAAAAAAUAUUUAGCUAAAAAUAAUGACUAUGAGAAGUUAGAGUAACUUGAUUUAUACAAAACGUUUAUUGAAAUAUAUGGUUAUGUAUUCUUCUAUAAAUAGUUAAAUAAUGCUGAAUUCAGCAAAUAUAAAAUAUUGGAUUAUGAUCCUAAAUGA